UAACUAGAAGGUUAGAAUUGCAUUGAUAUGUCUUAGAUAAGUAAUUAUACUUUUCUUUAUGAUUAAUCAAAUAGUAUUUUUUCAUAGAUAUAUGUUAAUAUUUAUGGAUGCUUAGAUUUAGAUGACUAAAAGACAACAAUUCCAGAUAAUUGUGCUAGUUAAAGUGAGAUAGAUGAUGUUAUAAAUGGCAGCGAAUUUGUCUUUACUGUCUAUUUAAAAGCAUAAUAAUAUAAUACAACUUCAAAACAAAUUCAGACGAGAUAUAGAUAUGUAUAGAUUUUUGGUACAUCAAAUUAGUUCAUUCUAAGUUAAUUAAAGACUUAAAUUUAAAACACUGAAGUAAAAUAAGGAUUAAUUUUCUAAGAAUAAUAAACAUAUUAUACACCUGUGUCAUAUGAUUAGACUCUACAAAAUUUUGAUAGAUAACUUUCUUUGUAAUCUGGUCUUGGUCCAUACAUUUAAAUAAUUAUUUAAUUGGAUGAAAUAGUGUAAUUUACCUAAAUUUAAUAUCCUACAAUAACACAAAUAUUAGCCUUGGCUAAUAGUAUUGGUUUCAUAGCAAUUAUUUGUAGGGUAAUUGCAAGAUUUAUAUCAUAAAAUGUCAUUAAAGAAGACUUUUUUAUUCUUAUUAUGAGAAAUCUAUUUUAAGAUAAAUGCUAACAAGUUCUAUAGCAUAAUAAUUUGAUAAGUAAAUGUGAAAUACUUAUGCAAACUCAGAAUAUCGAAGAACCUAUAACUGAAAAUAUUUUAGAAUAAUAAAAUAACACAAACAUAAUAGUGCCUAAUUUCUAAAAAGAGUACUUAUAAAAAAGAAAUAACACAAGCUUUAGUUAAGUUAUUAAUAAUAGUUUUUAAAAAUAAAAAUUUAAUUUAAAUGAAGAGAGCGAACAAAAUAAUAUCACAAAUUUGGGCGAUCGUUUAGAUUCAGUCAAUUCACUGUCAAAUUAAUAGAAUAUGACAAACAAAUUUAAAUUUGAUAAACUUGACAUAAUUUCAUAAAACGAAUAUCAAAAAACCUCUAUGAUAAAUAGCAAACCAACUUUUAAGAUAAAAGAAACCUCAAUAACGCAAAAAUCUUUGAACAAACAAUAAGAAAUAUCUAAAAAUACUUUCAAAACUAAAUUUUAAAACCAAAAAUUAAAAAAAUCCUUUAUUGAUGCAAUAUCUUAAAAGCUAAAAGUUAUGGAGAAUAAUUCUAUUAAAAAAGCCCUUUAAAAGACUAUCUUUAAAUUUAGAUGUUGCAAAGGCAAGGAAUAAUAUUUGUAGAAAGGAAUUGACUAAACAUAAAUGAUAAAAAUUCAAAAAGAAGUAUUAAAGAAUUUAAAUAUUAAUGAACUCUUUAAAGAUAUAAUAUUUUUGAAGAAAGCAAUCAGUAUGUUACUGAGCUUAGACUAGAUAGCAGCUAUCUAGCUUAUUGGUCUGACAAAUAAUUAUAUUAAUCUUGAUUUAGAAAGCACAACUUCAAACCUUAAUUUUGAUUAAUAGAGAGAAAAUUUAAAUCAUUUUGAGAAGUAUUAUGUAAUGCAAUAAUAUGGUGAGAUAUAAAUAGAUUAUAUUCAAAAAUUCUUUAAAAAAUGUGAGGAAAAUGAUGAUGUAAGCAUAAUAGAUUAAAGAAUCAUUUCAUCAAUUUCAAACACUAUUUGA